GGAGGGGCCGCGCGCUGGGCCCAGGCCGGGGUCCGGUGCCACCGGGAGUCGGGCGUGCGCGCCGGGGACCCCUCCCCUCCCCAGGUCCCGGUCCCGGGGUGCGGCGCCCGGCUCGCCAUGAGCUCCCCGCCGCCCGCCCGCCGCGGCUUCUACCGCCAGGAGGUGACCAAGACGGCCUGGGAAGUGCGCGCCGUGUACCGGGACCUGCAGCCCGUGGGCUCGGGCGCCUACGGCGCGGUGUGCUCCGCGGUGGACAGCCGCACGGGCGCCAAGGUGGCCAUCAAGAAGCUGUACCGGCCUUUCCAGUCGGAGCUGUACGCCAAGCGCGCCUACCGGGAGCUGCGGCUGCUCAAGCACAUGCGCCACGAGAACGUGAUCGGGCUGCUGGAUGUGUUCACUCCUGACGAGACCCUGGAUGACUUCACAGACUUCUACCUGGUAAUGCCGUUCAUGGGCACCGACCUGGGCAAGCUCAUGAAGCAUGAGACUCUGAGUGAGGACAGAAUCCAGUUCCUUGUUUAUCAGAUGCUGAAAGGGCUGAAGUAUAUCCAUGCUGCUGGCCUCAUCCACAGGGACCUCAAGCCUGGCAACCUGGCUGUGAACGAAGACUGUGAACUGAAGAUCCUGGACUUUGGCUUGGCCAGACAGGCAGACAGUGAGAUGACAGGAUAUGUGGUAACACGGUGGUACCGGGCCCCUGAGGUCAUCUUGAAUUGGAUGCGUUACACACAGACAGUGGACAUCUGGUCAGUGGGCUGCAUUAUGGCAGAGAUGAUUACCGGGAAGAUACUGUUCAAGGGCAAUGACCACCUGGACCAGCUGAAGGAGAUCAUGAAGGUGACAGGGACGCCCCCUGCUGAGUUCGUGCAGAAACUGCAGAGCGAUGAGGCUAAGAACUACAUGAAGGGUCUCCCAGAGCUGGAGAAGAAGGAUUUUGCCUCUGUCCUGACCAAUGCAAGCCCUAUGGCUGUGAAUCUCCUGGAGAAAAUGUUGGUGCUGGAUGCAGAGCAGCGGAUAACUGCAGUUGAGGCCCUGGCCCAUCCCUACUUUGAGUCUCUGCAGGACACAGAGGAUGAGCCUAAGGCCCAGAAGUACGACGACUCCUUUGAGGAUGUAGAUCGCACCCUUGAGGAGUGGAAGCGUGUCACUUACAAAGAAGUCCUCAGCUUCAAACCUCCCAGGAACCUGGGGGCCAGGGCCUCUAAGGAGACUGCUCUGUGAAGAUCUCUGGCUGCCCCAGGGACAUCCUCAGAACCUGGGCAUCAGCUUCCCAGGUGCUGUCUCUCUUUCCCGAGAGAGGAACCUUCACACCACCCUGGACUUGACCUGGAGCUUGUAUACCCAAGCACCUACUUGAAGAGGAUGAGUUCCUCCCUCCCCAAGCCUGAACUCUGGUGUCCCCAGCCAACCUUACUGGGGCAUCUGGGCCUCCUGAACAGGAUUCUUACUCAGCAUUGGACUGGCCUUAGAUCCCUGGAGCAAUGUCCCUCUACCAGGGUAUACAAAAAGCUUUGAGCAGGGUUCAGGGUCCAGUGUAGGCCUUUGAACCCUGCUGCGCUAGACUGUCUAGGCCAGUUCGGGGAGGGCUGACUGUGGACUCUUCACCCCUAGCCUGGAAUGUAAACUAGCCAUUUUGUGUUCACCUAGCUGACUGGAAAUAAACUUUUUGUAGAUA